AUGGCUAUACCUGAAGAUGUUCUGGUGCAGAUUCUGCUAUGGCUGCCUGUCGUUUCUCUACUGCGAUUCAAGUGCGUCUCUAAAUCCUGGUACGCUCUCAUUACCCACCAAAACUUCACAGAAAAGCACCUCCUCCGCAACCUCUCCACCCCCAACAACAACAACAACAACAACACCGCCCGUUUUCUCGCUCACCGGCGCGACAAAACCACCGGCGAUUACGUUGUCUCCAGCCUUUCUUAUGAACCACUCCAAGUCCUUCCUCCGACACAACAACCUCUACCGUCGCCGUAUUCCGGGAUCGACAAGAAGGUGGAGGUUUUCGUGGUGGGUUCUUGCAACAGUGUCGUUUGUCUGUACGACAACUAUGAUUUGAAUAUUGUUCUCUGGAACCCUGCAACCAAAGAAACAAAGGUUGUUCCCAAAUCAACCCUCCCCCGCUUCCCUGCUUUCUUCCAAGCCAGCACCAAUGGCAUUGGAUUUGGGUUUGAUGCCAGAACCAACGACUACAAGAUAAUCAAGCUUCUUUGUCUCUCUGAUCCCGACCCCAAAUUGUCGUAG